UUCCCUAUAAAUGACGUAAUAUUUGACAAAUCGCGCGGAAGCUGCACGUGAUGGUGAGCUUUCAUUCGCUUUCUCAUUCGAUUCGCAUUUUAUAACAACGAAGUAUGGAAAAAGUUCAUUGAAGGCUUGGCAAUGAGAAUUUUGUGCUCUGUCCGCUGUUUGCAUUAUUUACUAAAAUUGAGAAGCUGCUCAUGAAUCAUCUGCAUGUUGUCAUUGAGCGUUUUAAAUGAAUAAUUAUAAUUUUGAUUUCGCCGAUUAGUUUUAAUUUGAAAACAUGAUUUUAUUUGUGAUAUUUACUAUUUGUUUGUUUCAUUUUUCUCGUCCUACUUGUAUAUUUGAAGAUGGGAAAUACGAUUUAUCCGAUCUGGAUUGGAUUCGAGGAUGGCCAGUUUCAAUACCAAAAAUAAAUGGAGAGCUUGCAGCCUUCGAAAUCAAUAUUUGUCGACCUGUCCAGUCAUCAACUGGCUGUGUAAAUAGUUCUGUAUGCCUUGUCACUCGUAACGGAUCUACGAGUUAUGGAGACGCUGUGAUGGAAAAAUCCUCUAACUAUGCUAUUUCAGAUAGUUUCGGUGGUGGUUUUUCCUUGUAUCUUUUGACCGAAGUUAAAUGUGGUGCAAUAGGUGUGUAUCGUGCUGCCAUCAAUUUUGCCUGCGGGCCUUACUUAGGAGCACCUGAAUUAAUUUUAAGAAGUGAGUGUCAAGCCAAUUUUUAUUGGAGAACUUUAGCCGCCUGUAAAGAGAAACCAAAAGUUAAACAAGUACCUUGCUAUGUUAUUGAUGAUCAGGGUAAUAAACGGGAUUUAUCCCCACUUAUUAUGCCAGAAGGUGGUUAUUUUGUAAAUACUCCAACUCCGGCUAUGGAUUUCGUGAUCAAUGUGUGUGGAAAUAUAGUUCCUGACAAUAAGACAGAAGGUUGUCCUGACGCUGGAGCUUGUAGAAUUAUCGGCAGUGAGAAAAUUAUGUUUGGUACACCUCGUAGGAGAGUUUUAUCGCACGAAGAAGGUCUUACUCUUACCUAUACAACACUAGGUUAUUACACUAAUUCUGGUUGUAGGAUGAAACCAAAAACGACCGUCACUUUUAAGUGUCCAUCUCGUGGACAUAGUCAACCACCUAAAAUUAUUUCAGACAGUAAUUGCCAGUAUGAUGUUGAAUGGGAAACUGAAUAUGCUUGUCCUGAGAAUACUCUGAAAGGGAGUAUUAAAGAUUGCAAGUUUUCACUUGACAAUCAUGGUGUUGAAAUUGACUUGACACCGUUGAAAAUGAAAACUUUUGUGAACGUUACUAGCAGUGAUGAUAAAAAUAUCCAUUUUGCUUUAAGUGUUUGUAGUGGAUUAAAUAAUUAUACUUGUGGAGACAAGCAUUGGAAAUCAGUGGCAGCAUGCAUGGCAAAUUCAUCAGAUAACUCAUUUCAAGUUAUUGGAACCACUGAUAAAUCAAAUUUCAUGUACGCAGAUCAAGAAGUCAUUUUAACGUACCCAAAAGGUGCAGAGUGCAAAGGUAAUGGCGUUGAGCAAUCAUCUACUAUAAAUUUUGUUUGUGAUUUAAAUGCUGGUGUUGGUGAACCAACUCAUUUAUCAUCUGAUUACUGUGCUCAUAUUUUUGAGUGGCGCACUAAACAUGCCUGCUUGAAAAAUCCUCUCGACACUCCUUGUUCGGUUACUUAUGAUAAGAAAAAGGUGAACCUUCAAAAGCUUUUGCUCCUUAAAGGUGAUCCGUGGGAAGCAGUCGAUCGCAGAGUUCUGCCCAGUAAAGACAAUGCUGAAUAUUAUAUUAAUGUUUGUGGACAGGUUUCUAAUUUAGACAAUAGUAAUCUCAUUAAAUGUGGUGAAAGCUCCUCUGUUUGUGUCUUACUUUAUAAUGGGACUUAUUUAAAUCUUGGCAAUUUUACUACUGCUCCUGUUUAUGAUGAAAUUUCCAAGUCCAUUAAAUUGCAUUACGUUGGUGGUAGUUUUUGCAAUGGUGAAAAAUCUUGGUCAUCAACUAUUUCAUUUGUUUGUAGGCCAGGGCAUAUAAAUUCAGGUCCGGUUCUUACUAGAAUCAAUGAUGUAGAUUGCAUUUAUGAGUUUCAAUGGCUUACAGCUGAAGCUUGUCCUGAAGGUAUAAUUGAAGGCAUUAAUUGUAAAGUGUAUGACAGUAAAUUAGAUAUAAACUAUGACUUAAAUUCUUUAAGGUCAAAAACGUAUCAGGUAGAUACUGAAAACUAUAAAUAUUAUUUGGGAGUUUGUGAGCCUGUUCAAGAUACACCAUGUUCUGCAAAUAAAAAUUCUUCUGAUAAUGUGGGAGUUUGUCAAGUUGAUAAAGUGAAUAAUUCUUCGUGGAAAACAGGAGAGCCAACAUCUCAUCUUUCUUACAUGGAUGGAGUUGUGAAUUUAACAUAUUUAAAUGGGGAUCCUUAUAAUGAUGCGAAUAACACUGCUCGAAUGACUAUGAUUAUAUUUAUCUGUGACUAUCAUCCUAAUAACAAUAGUCCAUAUUUUGUUGAAGAAGUUGAUUUUGCAUACGUUUUUCAUUGGUAUACUGAUUUAGUUUGCCCCAAAGUUCCAUCAAUGGACUGUUUAGUUCAUGAUCCAGUUUCUCAUUUAGUUUAUGACUUAUCUGGACUAGCACUUACUGGACAGAAUUGGGUGACUAUCAUCAGUGAGGACAAUAAAGAAAGGCAAAUUUAUUUAAAUGUAUGUAAAUCUUUGGCAGGACCAACUGGCUGUAACCCGGAUGCUGCUGUUUGUGCAGUUGAAAUUACCGAUAUAGGUGAGAAAGUUGUUAUUCCUAACCUCGGACGAGUUAACUCACCUCCUCUUUUAGAUAGUCCUGGUCAUCUCUCUUUAACAUAUACUAAUGGUGAUCCCUGUCGAGCAUUUGGUGAAAAUACCACUUAUUCAACUGUAAUACAUUUUCUUUGUGGAGAACAAAUAUCUAAAAAUGGACCAAUAUUUUUAAGCAGAUUAGGAGCUUGUGAGUAUGCAUUUCUUUGGAACACAAAAGCAGCUUGUCCUACAGCUAAUUUAGAAACUAGAGAUAGUUGUCAAUUAACUGAUAUUGAUUCUGGUUUUACUUUUGAUUUAUCAUCUCUAUAUAUGAAUAAACAGCCCUAUGUAGUUCAAUCACCAUCACGUACUUUUCAGUUAAAUAUAUGUGGAAAAAUCAACCAGGGUUGUACACCUUUUAAUGGCAUUAAUCCAUCAGUAAAUGUGAGUGCAUGUGAAACUGAUAAUGAUGGCAAUAUAUUGUCAGAAUUGGCUAUUUCAAAUUCUUAUAGCCUCAGUUAUUCUGAUGGACAGUAUUUAACUCUCACUUACAAAUCUAACUCAUCAACCACAGGUUCUGGUAAAGGAAUAGCCAUAAAAUUCCCUUGUACUUUAGGAGCACCUGAUCAAAGUCCUGUUUUUAUAGGUAAUGAAGGUGGACAAUAUGUGUUUGAAAUGAAAACCAGCCUCACUUGUAUGACUUCUCAGUUUGAUUGUAAUAUUGUUGAUACCAAUGGAAAUGAAUAUGACUUGAAUCCACUUGCAAAGUACAGUGAUGGAAAUUGGGAAGCUGUUGACCACAGGCCGGAAUACUCCCAUUUGCGGUAUUAUAUAAAUUUCUGCCGUCCUUUAAAUAAAGUAAGCUCUUAUAAUUGCCCAGGGGGUAACUCAGCGGCAUGCCAAGUGAAUACUGCUAAUAUUGGUAGUAACGGUAUCGAUUUAGGUUCUCAAAAAAGUGAUCCUCUUGUUAGCCAUAGAGGAACAGUUGUAAUCCGAUAUGUUGAUGGCUCUCUGUGUCAAAAUGGGCAGUUUAGCCGAAGUACAACUAUAAAUUUAUUCUGCUCGAGUAAAGAGGGAGAUUUGAUAUUUAUUGGGGAAACUCCAGAGUGUGAAUUUGUGUUUUCACUUGAUACACCUGCAGCAUGUCCUAUACAGAACAAUGUAGGAAAUAACUGCAUGGUGAAAGAUCCUAUAUUUGGUUACAUGUUUGAUCUCAAUCCUCUUAAAAGCAAAAACAAUAAUUACAAUGUAACUGUUGGAGAAUAUGUUUAUUUAUUUAAUGUUUGUGGUAAGUUGAAUGGAUUAGAAAAUGUUUGUGCCAACUCCAGUUCCUGUCAGACCAAACCUUCGGAUAUUGGCUUUUCAAAAAGCCUUGGUUUGCCAAAUGAUGAUCUUGUAUAUAGGAAAGGUCUUAUUACACUGGAAUAUCAGUUUGGAUCAGGAAAUUGCCAUGGCAAAUAUAAUAGAUCUACAAAAAUUACUUUUACUUGUCAUCAUGGCCGAGAAGAUAAGGAUGGUCCCUAUUAUGUGUCUGAAGCUGAAAAUUGUACUUAUUUGUUUGAAUGGCCAACUGUGCAUGCGUGUCCUCCUUUUGAUGUCAUAGAAUGUUCAGCUGUUGAUGAAAAUGGAACCCAUUAUGACCUUAGCAAACUAUCAUUGCUCAGUGACAACUAUUAUGUUAAAUAUCCAUUUUCAGAUAAGAACACAUUUGUAAUUAAUGUGUGCCGCAGUGUAGUCCACACCUCUGAUUCUCUUUGUCCUUAUACAUCAGCAGUUUGCUUAGUGGACAACUCAAAACCAUCUGAGCCUCUUAAUCUUGGGCGGGCUGUGCAAGCUCCAUACAUUGAUGAUGGUAAAAUAAAAAUGAGGUAUUCUUCUGGAGAUCCAUGUAAUGAGGAACAUUCAAGUACAGCAAGAUUUUGGCAAACUAUCAUAGAAUUUAGUUGCAGUGAACAUAAUAUUGAUAGUAGUCCACAAUUUGUUGGCAAAGAUGACUGCACAUAUUAUUUUGAUUGGCCUACUGCUUAUGCUUGUCCUGCAAAGACUGCUGUGAGCAAUAAUGAUUGUACAGCUUUAGACCCAACUACCAACUUCCAAUAUAAUUUGACUGCUUUGAAAAACCAAUUAUUUAUUUCUAAUGUUUCUGGCUAUCGCUAUACCUUAAAUAUUUGUGGAAGCAAUAGUUCUAACCCUUGCGGGUCGAAUAGCGGAUUAUGUCAAGAGGAAAUUGCUGGCCUGAAAAGAUCUUGGAAUGGUGGAAAACCGAAUGGAAAUUUGAUGUUUACUGGUGAAGGGUUAAUGUUUCUUAAUUACACAGGCGGAGAUGAAUGCCACGAUGGUCGUUUCAAGCGCAAUACUAUCAUUGAAUUUGUUUGCGGUCCAGAUGUAGGUGAACCACAGUUUAUGUAUGAAACACAUGAUUGCACAUAUUUCUUUAGCUGGAAGACAGAAUUAGCAUGUCAAGUAGCACCACAUUGUGGAGUUAAGAAUAACAGUCAGUAUAUUGACUUGUCUAGCUUCACUAAAACAUAUCAUACAGCUGCCUCAGGUGUGUUAAAUGAUGAAGCAUCAUACUACAUAAGUGUUUGUGGUCCUUUACCUACUGUGGAAGGAGUUUUUUGCCCCCCAGAAGCUGGUGUAUGUAGAGUAACACAGAAUGGAGUAUCAUCGAGCAAACUAUGGCAGAGUUUAGGAAAAAUGGAGCUGCCUCCUAUGAUUGAUUUCAUGGGUCAUGUGACUGUCAUCUACACCAAUGGCUCAGUUUGUUUGAGUGAUCCGCGUCUUCAAAAUAGAGCUCGAAUCAUAUUUAUUUGUGAUACUGAAGCCGGAAUGGGUGAACCUGUGAUGAUAUCUGAUGAAUAUGAUGACUGUUUGUACUUAUUUGAAUGGAGAACAAAUGUUGUUUGCCCAGAAAAACCCGAGGAAAAUAUGGCAUACUGUAACUAUACAGACAGCAGCAAAGGCAUUCAUUUUGAUCUCAGUUUGCUUAUGAAAAAAUCAGAUCCUUAUUAUCAAGUGACUAAUCCAAGAACUCACAAUCCUUAUUUUAUAAAUGUGUGUAGUCCAAUUAAGAAUCUGACAAAUUGUGAGAAUGCUGGCAUUUGUCUUCAGAGAGGAAAAGAGUUUUCUAGUUUUGGCUCCAUUGAUACUCAACAGUUUUCAUAUGAUGGUCAGAGACUGAGGCUGACUUAUUUUAAUGGAGAUGAUUGCCCUUCUGGAGUGAAAGGGAAGCACUCAUCAGAAAUAUUUUUCGUGUGCGAUUCUAACGCUGGGCUUGGAACACCAGUUUUACAUAAGCGUUAUACAUGCCUGGCUGUUUUCAUGUGGAAGACAUCAUUGGUUUGUCAAAAUACUCAGCAACAGUGCUCUUUUGAAAUAUCAAACAAGCAUUAUGAUUUCAAUUUGCUUUCAAGUUUGUCUCAUAAUUGGAAUGCUAUGGAUGCCCAGAAUGUCAGCUAUUGGAUAAACAUCUGCCGUGGAGUUCAAAGAACAAAUACUACCAUUGGCUGCUCGCCAACUGCUGCUGUUUGCAUGGAAAACCGAGCUGGCUCUCAUAUCUCUCUUGGAACAAUUCAAACAAUGGAAGUAAAAUCAAUAAAUUCCACUGACUUACUGCUCACUUUCAAGUCAGGAGACAGUAGAGCAUGCUCUAAAAUUUCCUCAUCAACUGAAAUGACACCAACUUCUAGAAUUUUUAUGCGCUGUGGAAAUCGCUUAGGAAAACCAAAAAUGUCAAAUGGUCCAGAUAAUGAAUGUUACUACAACUUUCUCUGGGAAUCUAGUUUAGCUUGUGCUGAUAAAGCAGAGCAAGUGAUCUUGGAAGAAAAUGGUAUUCUUCGUGAUGCCAGAUUUGGAUUUAUUCUGGACAUCAAAAGUAUAUUGAACCAAAAAUUUUCGACAAACGGUACAUCAAAUACAGAUCAGUAUGUUUAUAUAAUUAAUUUGAGUGGUGUCUACCAAAAUUCUACAUAUUCUGACAACCCAUGCGCAAAUGCUGCUAUUUGUCAAACAAAGCAUGGAUCAGAUUUCCAUAGGGAUAUUGGAAGCAUUGACAGCAGAACUUUUAUAAUUAGAGGCAAUGAAUUGCAUCUUCAAUUCACAUCUCAUACAAGACCAUGUGGAAAGAAUCAUUUAAAAAAUGUGACUACAAUCAUCAAUAUGCAGUGUUCUUCAUAUGCUGGACAAGGUAAUCCCACUUUCUUGUAUGAAUCUGGUAAUUGUGAUUAUAUUUUUGAAUGGCAAACAGAUGCUGCCUGUCCUAAAUUUGAAAAAGAUGAACCUGAUAAUAAAGGUGGAGAUCCCUCUAAAAUGAUUUAUCCCAGUCCUAAUUAUCCAUACCAGGAACCAAUUCCACAAUCUAGUCAUGUUGCAGAGAUAACAGUUGGUGUGUUAUUUGCCAUUCUGGUGUUGAUGGUUGUCGUCUUUUUUGUUGUGAAACCAGAAAGGAGGUCCCGUGUCUACCACAGAGUUAGAGGCCUUUUUGGUGGUGUUAAGUUACCAUAUUUCCGUUACAAAAGGAAAUCGCAAGGUGAUAUACUCACAGAGUUGCAAUCUGACUUCUAAAAUAAGUUUCCCGGAGAAAGACUUGUUCUUGUUGAUGCUGCUCAACCUUAUAAUUUUGACGAUGACAAAGAUGUUGAAAUGUUAUCUUAAUUGUGGAAAUGAGCUGUCUUUCAGUUAUUUGAUGAGUUUUAAUCAACGCGUCGGGGUUGUUAUACUUGUGAUAAGAUUUUAUUUAUUUUAUUUAUGAAGUUCUUUUCAAAACCCAGAACAAUGAAAAAGAAUACUUACCUCAGUCAAGGUUACACAAGUUAAAUAUUUAAAAUAUAAAAACGAACUUCAGCAUUUGAACUAGCUUUUUAACUUAAGAUGAAGUUUUACUUAGUCAAAGUUUUGCAAGUUUGUAUUUUUAAAAUAUAUAGUUAGAAAAUAUAACAUUUUUUGCUUUCUGUUUUUGAGAGAUAGAAAGCAGUUCCUAUUUUUCACUUAAAAGACUUGGCAUUUAAGCUCAUUAUGGGAAAAAGAAUUUUCCACUCCUAAUAAAAUUUGUAUUUGAAAUAUAUUUUAUGUGUUUCUGCAACAAUUUCUGUUGAAAUUGAAAAUACUUUGCGUUUGUUGAUUGCAUUUUAUUUUCACAUUUUGCCUUUUUGUAAUCUGGUUGAAGACUUUUAAUGUGGCCGACAUUUCCGGCUUAACUGACCAAAAAUUUGAAGUGUGAAAUUUUGUGUCUUAAUUUUUUUUUGUGUUUAUUUGUAGAAUUUAUAGUGCUGUUAAGUUAUUGUAAAAUAUAUUCUAUUGUUUUCAGCAGUAAAACAAUACCUUAUGAUUUCCAAAUUAAUUUUAGUUUAAUUGUUAUUCAUUUAAAUCUACUUUUAAAGUUUAUUGUAUGAGCUGUUGAAAUUUGUACAUAUCUGUUUGUAAUAUGCUAGUGUUUAAAGUUAUGGUGACAUCACAGAGAGAAAUACAAUUCAUAUAUGUAAUAUAUUUUAUUUAUUGCAUAAUUUUUACAAAACCUAUUUGUUCAGUUUUUUAGUGUUUUGAAAAAUCAAUACCAAAGGUUUCAAAAAUAUGCUAAUUGAGUACUUAAGUUUUGAGAUUUAGUUCUGUAAAAAAUUUUUUCGAUAUAAUGAAAAUGUGUUAUUGAAUUAAUAAUAAUCAAUAUUGAUUCCAUUUUAUUUUUACUGAGCCAUUAUUCUGAAGGGAAAAAAAUAUUUUUCUUUCAAUUUAUUAAAUUAUAAUUUUAGCUUCAAAAAUGCCAAACUUUACCAAUAAAAAUUUUUUUAAACAUUUUACUUGCUUUUAGUAUAAAAUUGAAGUGUAUUAUUUUUUUAUUUUCAGUGUUUAUUCACUUACUUAAAAAAAGAAAAAAUUGAAACUGCCCUUUCACACUGAAAUUGUAUUAACAAGUUAUAUUUUACAGAAAAAUGUACUGUUAUUAAACCAAGCUGCUUACAGAAAUGAUGUCUGCAACAAUUUUUAGUUUUGAUUACAAAUUUAUUAUGCACUUUUAUAAGUGACAGAAAUAUAACUUGUUAGAUUUUGUAACUUAAUAUUUUUGCAGAAAUCUGAGGAAAAAAAUGUUCUGCGGCUACUGGUCGGUAUUUUUUGUUUAUUGUAAAUGUUUGCAAGCAGAUGAAAAUUUUACGUAAAUAUCUCUCCUUUAUUUAAAGUCUCCAUUUUUCAGUCCUAAUUUGUCCGUUAUUGCUAUCAUUAGAAAAAAAUGGUUAUAUUAUUAGUUUACCAGAAUUAUUUUACACAUAUGUGGUACUGUUUGUGAAAACUUUUGAUAGUCAUAUUUCAAAUCUUAUUUUUAGGACCAUCAUAAAUUGUAAAAUAUCUGUUACAAUUUUCAUGCUCUAUUUUCUAAAUAGAUGAUAUUAGCAAAUUAAUGAAACAUAUCUCCCCAAAAUUUACAUUGUGAUGUAACCAUAAUUUUAUACUAGAGUCUGUUUAAUGUUUUCCUUACAUUCCAUUUAAUGCUUUUUGUGGAUGUUAAUUAAAAUGUAAGAGUUUGUUGUUUAAAAUGAAUUAUCAAAUAGUAUUAUCUGUAAAGUUAAAUGUUUAUAGAUAUAUGUUUACGUUGUGACAUCACGCUUGUGCCUACACCCAUUUUGUGAUGCAUAUAAGUAUAAGGCAAGCAUUCAUUUUUACGAUUUCAUAGUCAAUAUUACGGUUUUGUGGUAAAGCAAUAAGAGUAUGUUACGACACCCACCUUUCGCAUUUUAAUACUGGAACUACUUGUUGAUGCCAUCCAUUAGCAAUUUUUGUCACUAAAUUCCAAAUUUUCUGUAUAUGGUUUUUACAGCUCUCAUAUUAAACAUACCCUUUGUUUUCGGGGGUUUUAAUUGUGAAAUAAGACUGUCCUCCGUUUGACACUAUGUGCAUUAGAAAGAUUUGCCGCAAUAUGCAUAUGGUCCCUUUGUACAUCUUUACUUUAUAAAUUGUCUUUGAUAUAAAAUAUCUGUUAUAAUGAAUAAAUAUUUCGGUCCUUCCUUUUAACUCAUUAGUUUUCCAGUAUUAAUUCAUACCUUUUAGAUGGCUAUUUCAAAAAAUAAUCUAUAGUUCAGUUUUAAGUUAAGAUUUUGCUGUAGAAAAAAUAAGAAAAUGAGAUCAAAAUACAUGCUUGCUGUCUACUUAUGAUACAUAAUUUAGACUCUUUGAUGAACCCAGCUGUUUCCGCCAUUCUUUGUUCCAGAUUUUAUUCUGGCAACGCUUAGAAAUAGCCGUCACUAUUGCAACAAAAACUCCAGAACAUAUAAAAGAUAAAAAAUUUUAAUAAAAAUGGAUUAAUUCGAAAUAUUUAUGAUACUAUAUGUGAUGUUUUCCGUGAAAUGAAGUUCCCCAUUUAUGAAUGUUCAUAAUUAUAUUUAAUUGCUAAUUUUAUGAAAUAGAUUAAAACGAGUUUAACAUUUGUGUAUAUAAUAGCUUUUAUAAAUGUAUGAAAACUAAUCAAAAUUUAGGUAAAUUUUAAAAUAUUUGUAAUGUUUUUCAAAUGCUUUUAAUUUAUUGCAGCUAAUACAGGAAAAUAGUGUAAUUAUUUUCAUUUAUUUUAUUUGCAUUUAUUUGAUAAAUGUUUUAGACUUUUAUUUACUUGAAUUGGUCGGUUGUUUUGCAUUUAUGCAACUGUUUUUUUUCUUCUUUUUUUUUUCUAGUCUUAUGUUCCUAGAUUACAUUUAAAUUUAUUAAUUGUGGAUUAAAAUAGUUAAAAGCUGAAAUCGCAAAAAAGGAAAUUCAGAGGAUCAAAAAAUAAAAAACAAAAGUGACUUCUGAUAUUUACAAUGUUUGUUGUAGUAACAGUCAAUUUUGUCCUUAAUUUUUAUAUUUUGGACAAUCCCCACUUGUUAUAUUUAGACAGCAAGUGGCGAUUACCCCUUUUGUCCUAUAACUACGGUUUCAAAUUCAAGUACUCUACAAUUCAUCGAGCUUAACACUUACAAUUUUCAUUUUUUUGCUCUUUCAGUUUUUAAUAUUUUUUAUUUAAUACAGUUUCUUAAAAGAGUAUUUGACGGUGGCGAACCUAAUUAUAUAAAUUCUUGAGAAUAAAAAUUAUCAGUUAUAGUUAACAUUUAUCCUUAUUUGCUCAAAGUAGAAUAUAAAUUUCAUUGUUUUUGAUACAAACAAAUCAAAAUGUCAUAUCACUUAAGAUUUAUACUGUAUUUUAUUAAUUCCUUAUCCUGAUAAAUCAUUUUCAUUAUGAAGUCUAAUCUGUUUUAAAAUAUGUGAAGUUUGAAUUUAGUGUGGUAUGCAAUAAAUAUUUUUAAUGUAAAUAAUUUUUGUAUCUUCAUCGGAUAGAUAUAAAUAGUAUUUAGAUAAUAUCAAAAUUAUUUUUGAUGUAAAAUGUUCUCUCUGAAAUUCUAAUAUGAAUUUGCUGGUAACAAUUCUCGAUGGUGAACAUGUAAUUUAAAUCAUAUUUAAUAAAUUAUUUCUUUAGUUUAUAGAUGAAAUAAAAUCAUUGUAUUUAAUGUAAUUUAUUUUAAUAAUAUAAAAAUAAUAGAUUUUUGAUUAACAUUAAUCAUGUGGCAUUAUUUUACACUUGCUAAAUUAUGAAUUAAGUUGAUGAACCACAGAAAUUUAAAAUUAAAAAUGGUACACAACAAUAUGAAAUUUGCUUAGCAAUAAAGGUAAAUAAGUUUUUGUUUCGUGCUAUCUCAUUCUUGCUUUUAUCUUUUUAAAAUAAUUAAUGUUCAUUAAUUUAUUGAUUUGAUGAAAUUGAUUGGGUCUCUUAUAUUUUGUUGAUGGAGUUUUACAUGUUGUAUUAAUAAUAUGAUUAUGUACAGUUGUAAUUACAAAUAAAUUUAUUUUUCCCCUUA